CGCCGCGGGCGGGGCGGGACCGGCACCGGGGACAGAGAACCCGGGACACCGGAACACCGGGACCGGCACGAGGACAGCGACCGUGGCACGGGGACACCGGUACGGCGACAGUGUUACUUGCUCAGGGACAUUGACACCGGCACGGGAAACGGGGACAGCGAUACCAGCAACGGCAUCGGGACCCUGAUACCGGGACAGGAACGGGGACGGUGAUACUGGAACAGUGAUACCGGCACUGGGUCAGGAACGGGAACGGCGACACCGGCACCACCGCAGCUGCAGCCGGGAGCAGCCUCGGCUGGGUGACCCUGCUGGAGCUGAACGCAGGGAGAGGCUCCCCUGGGGGGGCCACCCCCGCCAUGGAGCCCCCCGCCCGUGCCUGCUCCUGCGGCUCCCCUGCCUCUGACAGCGAGGUGGAGGCUGGCAGCCCCCCCCGGAGCCCCCCCAAAGCUGAGCGCAGCCGAAAGCGCCCGGGGGGGCUGGACCGAGCACCCCCGGAAUCGCCGCCGUCACCCCGCGGGGGGAAGCGCCCGCGGAAGGGGGAGGGAGGGGAUGUCCCUCCCAGCGAUGGCGAUCGCCUCUUUGCCCAAAAGUGCCGGGAGCUCCGGGGCUUCAUCCGGCCGCUGGCGGAGCUGCUGGAGGGGCUGCGGCGGGGCCGCUACGACAGAGGGCUGAGCAGCUUCCAGCAGAGCGUGGCCAUGGACCGGCUGCAGCGGAUCAUUGGGGUCCUGCAGAAGCCAGAGAUGGGCGCCCGGUACCUGGGGACGCUGCUGCAGGUGGAGGCGAUGCUGCGGCUCUGGUUCCCCCACGUCGCCCCCAAACCCGCGCUGGACCCGGCGCCCCCCGCGGCUCCCCCGCGCCGCCGCCCCCCCGCCGGUCCCCCCGGGGCUCCCCGCUGCCGCCGCCUGCCCGGGGACCUCCCCGGGGACCUGCCGGUCGCCAGCCCCGCGGGGACGUUACAGCAGCGGGGGUCCCCCCGGUGCCAGGCCGGGACCCCCGAGUCCCCCCCGGCGCCGGACGUGUGACACCCCCCCCGGCUCGGGGGGGGAGAUCUCGUCUGCAUUUCUUGGUUUUGCCUUUUCUGAUUGUUUUUUUACCAGUGGUCAGUGAGACCCGCGGGCGGGCGGGACUGACCGGGGGGCCCGAGCCCCCCCAGGAGCCCCAACCCCGGGGCGGCCGCGUGCCUUGGCCGGAGCGGAGCCCCCUCCCCGCGGGGGCCGGGCCCUCCCGGGCUUGUGCCUUCCCCCGCGGCCUGGGGUGGCUGGGGGCGACUGUGGCUGAGGGCUGCGGACCCCCGAGCGGGGAUGUCCCACAGCCGGCCCUGCUGGAAGCAAUAAACGCCGCGGGAGCGGCCGGGGCCA